GCUAUAGCGCCAACCGCCAGAACAGCGAUUAGGGUUUCACAAGCGAUCAGUGCAGCUUUUAUGGAAGAGCAGCUGGUAGUAUACAAUCAACAGAGUAGCGUUUAAGGCACAACGAAAUGGCUGACUUUGACGAUCUGUCUCUCGGCGAGCAGCUGGCGCACUUUGGCGGGGAUGUGGACGCGUUCACCGACUACCACAACGGCGUGCAUGACGAGAACUACCAGCCCUACGAGCAGCCUGAGGAGGAGGCUGCGCCUGACGUCGAGGACGCACCUGAGGCAGAGGAGGAGGGCAACGAGGAGACGGAGUGAUUAAAGUUCUAAGUUUGCAUAUUUGUAUCCACUUGCAACACUGUAGCGGGAAUCUGCUCGGUGCGCGUACUGUGCCGAGGCAGGAUUUGCGGGGACUAGCAGGAUGCGUGUUGCCGAAUAGAGCUACAGGCGAGCCAUGCAGACGAGCUCGUUUUCGUGUGUAACUGACGACGCAU